AUGUCAGAUACUAGUGUUGCAGAGAACACCGUGAAGUUUCCUCAGCUGGUGUCAUUCAUCGGCGAUACAAAUGCUGGCAAAAGUACUUUGAUCAAGAUUCUGAUCCGCAGGCAACACCACAAUGGUAUCUCAACAUCUGAGAGUGACUUUCCGUCUCCAAUAUCAGGGUCGACGGCUCAUCCUAAUACGCCAACCACUGGUGAUGUGCACCUUUACAGUGAUCCAAGUACUUCAAAUACACCGCUACCGAUGCUUUUCGCCGAUUGCGAAGGCCUACGUGGAGGAGCUUUUGAGCCCUCUGCGAUCCAAUAUCGGAAGCAAGCCGAGUCGAGACCGGACGUUAUCUUGCCUGGCGUAGCUAAGCGCGCAAAGCUACGCCGCAAUCUGUGGUUGCGUAACCCACGUCUCAUUAAAUGGGCCACGAGUGAAGACAGGCGAACCCGAGAAUAUGUAGUGACAGAACUAUAUCCCAGGCUGCUCUACACCUUCUCCGAUGUUGUCGUAUACGUUCUGCACAAUCCCAAAGUGUUCCAGAACGUGUUGAAGAAAUUAGUAGCGUGGGGCGCAGCAUCUCUCGAAAAGUCUUUGAACUCGCCACGACUCCCACAUGCAAUCUUAGUACUAAACAUGUGCAGCGCUGAUUGCAGCGAAUGGGAGGACGAUGCUACAACACAGUCUGUACUCAACGACUGUGGCGCCAACUCCGGGCUGUGUGGCAUACCUCAUUUUCAAGCUUUGGCCAAUGCCUGGAGAGACAGCGCCGGCGAGGACAUACAGACCGCCCACGAACUUCUGUUGAAGUAUUACUCGUCGUUCACAGUUGUCCGUAUACCAAAGGGCGAAGGACGAUUCAAUCUGCUUGACCAGCAAGCAGCACUCCUGCAACGAGUCAUCUCGCAUAGAUGCGCUGAGUCGUUCUUCGCAAAGCAGAAAUGGCACAUGCCUAUUACUGCCGACGGCAUGAACCGGUACCUGCAAGCCGGGUUCGACCAUUUUGCCCGAACACUGACGGAGCCCUUUGAUUUCAUCAAAAUUGAGCUGGAGAACAAUCCACCGCCGGAAGACUUCGCUGAUCAUAUGUACGCUGUAGUCUUGCUGACGCGUCAAGAGCAACCAGAUCGACCUCCUGAAGCAUUUUUGUCUGACAUAGGACGUGUUAUAGCAUGUUGCGUUUUACUAGAUGCGGAACAACGAGAUGACGGACCAGUGGCAGAUCUCUUGCGUGGAUACAAACCGUCCUUGAAAGCCGUCUUCACUGAGUUCUGCGAUCGCUACUGGCCUUGUUCAUUUCAAAACAGGCACUCACAGCAGUGCAGGAACAGCCGAGCAGGACACGAAGCCAAAGGGCAUCAAAAUGCGGCGGGAAAGCCAAUCGGCACAGGGUCCCACGUCUUCGGCAUCGAUAUCACGGACUUUGAGAAUAAGUGGUUUUCUGCUAUUGAACAGCGCGUUCUAGAUAUGCACGACGCCCUGCAAUCUCCCGACGAUGACAACAGCAUUCAGGCCAAAUCUCGGACUAUACGAUCCUUCCUCAGCGAAGCGUAUGCCAACAUGAAUCCAAAGCGCACCACGGAAGGCUUACCGGCCAGCUACGCAAGCAACACAACCUGUCUGUCUUGCUUGCGGGCGACACCAGAACAUGCGUUGUUGUGUGGCCACGUGCUCUGCUCGGGCUGUGUUGCGAUUCAUGGUAACGCGCAAAGCGACUGUAUAACCAGUCUCGAUCAAUGCCCUCUCCACUGUGACGAUGCUUUUCCACGGCCCUGGCGCAUCACUAUGAAACCCUUGUUUGCUGGCGUCCGAGUACUCAGCCUCGAUGGUGGUGGUGUUCGCGGGAUUGUUGAGCUAGAGGUUCUCCAUGCUAUCGAAAGAGAGUUGGACGGUUCGUUGCCAGUGCAAGCGUUUUUCGACCUCAUCGUGGGUACAAGCACCGGCGGUAUUGUGGCCCUGGCAUUGGCAUCUAAACAGUGGAACCUCAAGCGAUGCACUGAUGCAUUCAUCAUGCUGUGCAGCCAGGCCUUCACGCGCAGGGAUCCAGAACAGGUGCCACGAUGGCUGACACUUGCUGCACGUCAGAGCUUAUACAAGACGAAACCUUUGUACCAAGCCUUGCAGGUCAGCCUUGGAGACGAGCCGAUGUUUGGGGGCAGACGAAAAGAGCAACCUGAGUUCCCAAUAAAAGUCGCAGUGACCACGCACUCUGACAUUGGGAAAGGGCCAGCAAUCAUUGCAAAUUACAAUCGCGCUGAAAUUGAGCAGGAAGAGUACGACUUCAUCCGUUCGAAUGUUCCGUCGCGUGAGAUGAAGGUGUACGAAGCAGCUGCGGCCACGUCAGCGGCACCGAAGUACUUCAAGACAUUUAUACACGCCGAGACAAGUCGGUGCUUCGUUGAUGGUGCCCUCUACUGGAACAACCCUGCUGCUGUCGCGGAGCGAGAGAGACAGUUGCUCUGGCCGGACAAAGCUGGAGCAGAGCCUGACAUCCUGCUCUCCAUCGGGACAGGACAGAACAAGACAGCCAUUACCACCAAACUUCGCGACAUACAGACACAGGCGGGCGACCUUGCUAUCCGAAUUCAAGACCAACAGGUCCUGAGCAAGCUAACACGAAAGCGUGCGAAGCCAAGAAAGAGAUUCCGCAAAGCAAUUCACAUUUUGGCCAAGCGUUUCGACAAUAUGCUUGACACUGAGAGGUCCUGGAUGGCUUUCGAAAGACAAGUGGAACGGACGCGCUCUACCUGGCCAGAUCGCAGCCCGUUGCCCUACUUCCGUUGGAAUGUCGACCUCAAAGGUCGACCACCAAAACUUGACGCUGUUCAGGAAUUAUUCAAUCUGCGAAAGACCGUUCAGAAAGAGCUGAAGACUCAUGAGUCUAGGGCGAUGGCCCAACGCAUUGCCCACCAGCUCGUGGCUUCUACCUUUUACUUCUGCAAAGAGGCAACUACGUCGGCGGCGGUACAAAGCCAACAGACGUGUUCCGGCAGAAUACUUUGCCGCUUUGAAAAUGGCUCAAGACACCUGCGAAGCCUCGGGCAGUAUCUCGCGCGGCAGAACGAGCUUUGCAUCUUGAUUAGCGAGGAGAACUCGGAUAAUAUUCAGAAGAUCUCGUUUAAACCUGCACAGAUCGACGAUAUGAUGGCAGAGACACCUGUGUUCCAACCAGUUCUACUAAACAUCCCCAUUCACAAUUCAAUGGCGAAGGUUUUUGUCGCUAUCAGACUUGCAGGCAGCCAUCUCAAGAAGCUUGACUAUCCCAUCAGUGGCUUUCCUCGAUGUUUGCUUCUCGAAGAUUCGCAGAGCCGGUCCGGUUCACGGCGUUCCACGUCGCAAAGCGACAAGCCCAAGCUUCUCGAUCGUUGGAACCAUCGGCGGUUGGACGAAUUGCAACCGGAUGUCACGCUAGGCGCAUUCGCUUCCGAUAACAACAUGCUGGCUAGACUUGCAGCUAUGCGUCUCCAUGCCGCUACGGGCUUUCCAGAUUUGUCCCCUUCAGCAUCAAUCCAAUCGGAGAGUCCUUUUUUCGUGCAGCCAGCUGAGAAGUAUUGGGAAGAGAAGGAUGAUGCCUCGGGUGGGGCUGAGGACAGUGAUAGUGAAGAGGAAGAUGAUUAUGCUUGA